AUGUCUAAAGAAAUGAAAAACCUUGAAGAUAACCAAAAGAAGAUCGAAAUUAAUUCAAGAAUCCAAGAAGGAAAAGAAGAAGAAAAUAAAACUUUAGAUGAAAUAAAAAAUGUAGCAGUAGUAAUUAAUAGUAACAAGAUUAAUAAAAAAAAUAACAACUAUAUAAAAAAGAAGAAUUCAAAGAAAACAAAAAAUAAUUUUAUCCAUAUAAAAAAUAAAAAUGUAGAAGAUUUAUAUUCUUAUCAAAAUAAAUCGAAAUAUAAAAUUUUAAAUUAUUUUAAUAAUUUUAAAUAUAAUUUUUCAAUAAAAAGAUAUUUUAAAAUUUUAGUUAAUGUUUCUCUUUUAAAUUAUUUACCUCUUAAUUUACGUAAUAUAUCAAAUAAAGUCUAUAUAUUUGGGAUAUGCUUAAACUUAAAAAAUCCUGAUGAAAUGAAAAUUUUUCUCAUUUUGUGUAAAUCAAAAAUAUUAUUUACUUAUAGAUCUAAUUUUCUAAUAAGAAUUAAUGACAACAAUUUAUACAGAAGUAAUAAUAUUAUGUUAGUUGGUAAUAAUGUUUCGCAGAGUAAUAUAUUUACUUAUGAUAAUACUACAUAUAAUAAUAGUAACAUAACCAUUAAUAAUAAUAAUAAUGAUAAUAAUAAUAGUAAUAUAACCAUUAAUAAUAAUAUUAGCAAUUUAUGUAUUAAUAAUAAUAAUAACAAUACUAGCACUUCAAAUACUACUAAUAGUAGUGAUAAUUCACUACCUAUUUUAUGCCAAGAAUAUGAACAUAUAGAUGAACAAGAUUAUUUAAUAUAUAUUUCGAAAAAAAAAAAAAAAAAAAAAUGGAAAAAAAAAAAAAUAUAUUAUAAACAAAGGAUUAUAAACUUCACAGAUAUACCAGAACAUUUUCUAAAAAAAAUUUACUUUGAUGAUAAAGAAUGUUUUUAUAUAAAUUUUAAAAAAUCGUCAAAAGGAGACAAAGAUACCUACACUUAUCAAAAACAACAUUCACAAGAAAUCAAAGAAAAUUAUUCUCUCCAAAAUAAUAAAAAAAAAAAAAGUAAAGAAGAGAUAUAUGGAGACACGUGUACUUAUACAACCAGCGAAAGUAAUAAAACUAUUUUAUACCAUGACAAUUCCAAAAAAUGUAAUUCGGUUGAUAAUAAAGAAAUUAAAAAUAAAAAUAUAUCUAAGGAUGAUAUGCACAAUUAUAGAGAACAAAAGAAGAAAAUCAUAAAAAAUAAAUCUGAAAAUAAUACAUAUGAUGAUGAUCUGGAAUGUUUUAAUAACCCUGAUAAUGAUAGGAACGAUCCAAAUGAAGAAAUGAAGAAAAAAAAAAAAAAAAUAAAAAUAAAUAAUAAUAAUAAUAAUAUAGAAAGUGAUGAAAGAACCAUAAAAAAUAUCAAUAUUAUUAAGACCAAAAAGAAUAGUUUAAAAAUAUUACAUUCUCGUAGUAAGAAACAUUCAGUUUUAAAAAUAAAAAAAAAAAAAAAUAGCAUAAUUAAGAAUAAUAAUAUCAAUAUUAAGGAAUAUUUAAAAUAUAUAAAUCAAAAUAUAACCAAAUCUCAGAUUUAUGAAAAAGAUAAGAAAUAUAUAUGUAUGAGUGAUAAUGGAUGGGGAUGUAUGAUAAGAGUAAUACAAAUGGUUUUAGCAAACAUAUUAAUACAUUUCAAUAUAUCUAAAAGGUAUGUUUAUUUUCAUAAUGUAAAUGAUUAUAUAUUGUAUAAAAAUUAUAUUAACAAAUUAACAUGUACAAAUAAGGAAAACAAAAUAAUCCAAAUAGAAGAGAGAAAAAUGAACAAAGACAAAGAAGGAUCCAUUUAUUUAAAUUAUAAAAAUAAGGAUAGUACAAAAGAAAUGGUAAAACAUGAAAAGAAUAAUCAAUGUAAAUCGAAUGAAUGUAAUUUAUAUAAAAACAUUUCCCAAAAUAAUAAGGAGUCUGACACCUUGAUGAUUCACCCGCAGUCAAAUAUAAUUAAUGGUAAUAAUAAUAAUAUUAAUAGUAAUAAUAAUAAUAAUAAUAAUAACAAUAAUAAUAAUAAUAAUAAUAACAAUAAUAAUAAUAAUAAUAGUAGUAGUAGUACCACAUUUAGUAAUAGUAACACAUAUUUAGUACCUGAUUCUUUUAAACAAGAAUAUAAUAAGUCAAGUAUCAAAACAGAUUUUUUACAAAGUGACAAACAAAUUACUUUAAACGAUACUAAUAUAAAUGAAAGUCAAGGAAGUGAUAUAUAUAACAUAGAUAAUGUAGAAAAUAUUACAAAUAAAUAUAAUUCUUUUGAUCUUCAUCAUUGUGAAAAUUAUAAUAAUUUCCUUUUAAAUAAUAAUAAUGAUUCAAACGCAGAAAUUAUGCAUAUAAAUAAUUCAUUGAUAUAUUCUAUACUAUCAGAGUUUAGAGAUUUAGAACAAGCAAAAUAUUCAAUACAAAAUAUUAUUUAUGAAAUGAUAAAAUAUAAAAAAAUUGAUGAUAAUAAAAUAGAACAUUUUGUUCAUGAUUGGCUUGGUCCUACAAGUAGUGCAAUCAUAAUAAGCAAUUUAAUUAAUAAAAAAAAAGUUCGUUUUGUAAAAAAAAAUAAAAUGAAAAAUAAUUUCAGAGGAACUAAUAUUCAUAUGGAUAAAAAUAUAUAUAUAGAAAAAAAACAAAAAGAAUUAACAAAUUAUACAAAUAAUAAUAAGCAAAUAUAUAAAUUAUUAAAUCAGAAGGAAAAUAUAAAUGUAUCUAAAUCUGAUGAUAAUAUAAAAAAUGACAAGGAAAAAUAUAAUAAAUUACUUUUUUUAAAAGAAAAAAAAAAAAAAAAAUACACAUUUUUCUCAGUAGCAUUUGAAACAGGUGUUAUAUAUAACAACAAAGUUUUAAAAUUUUUCCAAAUAAAGCAAGAUAUAUUUAUAAUUAUAUGGAUAUGUUUAAAAUUAGGUAUAGACUCGUUAAAUGUUUCUAAAUAUAAAAAAUCGCUACUUUCUUGUUUUCUUUUAAAGCAGUUUCAAGGAAUUAGUAGUGGGAAUACUAAUACCAGUGCUCAUUAUUUUUAUUCAGCAAAUCAUAAUGGUCUUUUUUAUCUGGAUCCACAUAUAAAAUGUCAGAAUGCUUUUAUCGAUUUUAAUGAAAAUAUAAGUUCCCAAUUUUUUAUGCACAAAGUAAAAUUUCUACCUUGGGAAUAUUUAAAUUCUUCAUUGUCAUUGAUUUUUGUGGUACAAUCGAAGGAUGAUUAUUUUAACCUUAUUCAGAAUUUAAAAUUAAUCGAUUCAAGUUUAUUUGAAAUAUAUCAUGAGGAACCCCAAUAUGUUUAUAAAAAUGAACUAAAUUAUGACACGGAUGAUUCAGGAUUAGUUGUGUUAUAA